UCUUGUCGGUCACAGACUCUCUCACCCAAGCGUUGGCCGGUCCUCUUCGGUGUUUUCUUCCCCAAGAGGUGAGCUCUCUCCUCCCUCAUCGGUUCCUCCGCUUGGCUUGAGCGUCAUCCACGCACCUCCUUCAGCCCCGUCAUCCCCCCUCCCCCAACCUCACGUGUUCCGGGGUUGCCUGCUGCUGCCCUCUGGUAUCAUUCUUCCAGGUCGUGGGGUUAACUGCGGGAAGCGCCAGUAGUGUAUCGCUCUUUGUUGCUGUUCGUAUAUAUAGCACAGACCUUCAUUCUCCCACUUUCUAUUCCCCAUCUCAUCUGGUUCUAGGCUACUGCGUACAGGGAGAAAAUAUCGCGGAUCUGCCAUCUUUUCCGGACCAGGCACUUUACUUAUACUGUCUUUGUAAAAAGGGAUCAUGUCCACUUUGCCUCUUUUCACUCUUCUACUUUUGCCAGAAUUUUAAACUGCCUCGAUGCCGUCUUAUUGUUUGCAAGAUUGCCACUAUUUCUACCGCAGUGCCCUGCGACUCCUUUCAAUACCCACCCUCCUUGCCUCUCGUUACGCUUAGAACCCCCCCCCCUUUGGUUUAAUGCUAGCGCUUUCUUUUUGCUAACCAGUUGAAAAAAAUAAUGAUGUCAUACUCCACCUUGGCAGUCCGGUUCUUUACUAAGCCCAAACCCUUAGGGGAGACUCUGGCUGAAGACGCAAAGUCGAAAAACCCCAAACUUCCAAACGGAAUUUCGGAGACCAAGGGAACGCUUCGAAGCGCCAUGGCUGGAGCGGAGGAUGCGAACUUCAACUCCAACUCGGAUCCCAACUCUAACCCGCCUCAGACGGUCCACAAAGGCAUAACCUUUGCAAACCAAGACUCGCUCCCCAAGCUCCCGAUCCCAGAUCUCGAAACCACAUGCACCAGAUAUCUGGAGUGUCUGGCUCCUUUACAGUCCGCUAGGGAGCGGGAGGAGACGAGAGCCGCUGUACACGAGUUUCUCAGGACAGACGGCCCGGAAUUACAAAAUAAGCUGAAGAAAUAUGCUACGUCGAAGUCGAGUUAUAUUGAGCAAUUUUGGUACGAUUCUUAUUUGAAUUAUGACAAUCCUGUUGUCCUCAAUCUCAAUCCAUUUUUCCUCUUGGAGGAUGAUCCCACUCCUUCCAGGAACAACCAGGUCACUCGCGCAGCGUCGUUGGUAGUGUCCGCGCUAUCGUUCGUUCGAGCUGUUCGAAGAGAGGAGUUGGCUCCCGAUAUAGUCCGUGGGAAACCACUUUGCAUGUUUCAAUAUUCGAGAUUAUUUGGCACAGCACGAGUCCCAACGGAGAAUGGGUGCAUCAUUGGUCAAGAUUCGGCUGCUAAACAUAUGGUGGUCCUAUGCCGAGGCCAAUUUUACUGGUUCGACGUUCUUGACGAAAAUAAUGACCUUCUUAUGAGUGAAAGGGAUAUCUCUCUUAAUCUUCAAGUAAUUAUCGAAGAUGCAGAGCAGACGCCAAUCCAGGAGGCUGCUAAGGGGGCGCUUGGCGUGCUCAGUACGGAGAAUCGGAAAAUCUGGUCAGGCUUGAGAGAUAUCCUGACCAAAGAUCCGGGAUCUAACAAUGCGGAGUGUUUGAAUAUCGUCGAUACUGCUCUAUUUGUUUUGUGUCUGGAUUCCACAGAACCGUCAAACACUGCUGAGCUAUGCGCCAAUAUGCUAUGCGGGACCAAUGAGGUGGUGAAAGGUGUACAGAUAGGAACCUGCACAAACCGAUGGUAUGACAAGCUGCAGAUCAUCGUCUGCAAGAACGGUAGUGCCGGGAUCAACUUUGAACAUACCGGUGUCGACGGUCAUACUGUGCUCCGAUUCGCCAGUGACGUCUACACCGACACGAUCCUACGGUUUGCCAGGUCGAUUAACGGCCAGGCCCCUAGUCUGUGGGCAACCACAAGCCCUCCACCAUCAAAGCGCAGCCCCGAAAGUUUUGCAUCGAAUCAUCGCCUUCGAUUCGCCGAAUCGCACCUUGCGGAUCUAUUACAUCAGCACGAAUUUCAAGUCCUCGACUUUAACGGCUACGGGAAGAAUUUCAUCACCUCAAUGGGCUUCUCGCCUGAUGCAUUCGUUCAAAUGGCAUUCCAAGCCGCUUACUACGGCCUCUACGGCCUAGUAGAGAAUACGUACGAGCCAGCGAUGACCAAGUUCUUCCUCCACGGGCGCACGGAGGCAGUCAGAACCGUAUCCCACGAAUCCGUCGAGUUUGUGCGAACGUUCUGGGACGAGCGUCCCGCAGCGGAGAAAGUAGCGGCCCUCCGAAAAGCUACAGAAAAACACACCGCAGUUACCAAGAUCUGCUCGCAAGGCAAGGGUCAAGACCGACAUCUCUACGCCCUCUACUGCCUCUGGCAGCGCUCCUUCGAUGAUGGACCACCGAGUGCGAACGGCUAUUCGAGCCCCGUCGAGAAUGGUUCAAAGGUCGACCCCUCUUCGCCGCUACGAGCACAGAGCUCCACCACCGUCUCCCGCCCAUCUUCCUCAUCUGGCGACGGCGUAUCCUCCAGUUACUCCACCAGCAGCUCGCGCAACAUCCGUCUCCAACAACUCGCCCACACCCCGGCCCUCUUCAACGACGCCGGCUGGGACAAAAUCAACAACACGAUCCUCUCCACUUCCAACUGCGGCAACCCCUCGCUGCGCCACUUCGGCUUCGGCCCCACCUCCGGCGACGGCUUCGGCAUCGGCUACAUCAUCAAAGAUGACUCGAUCUCCAUCUGCGCCUCGUCCAAGCAUAGACAGACAACCCGCUUCAUCCAGUCCCUCGAAGCGUAUCUGUACGAGAUUCGCAAGCUGCUGCGCUCGACGCAGCACAAACCCGUCGUCCCCAGUAGUGUGCGCGAGCGGCAGAUGGAUGCGGAGGCUCGCAGUGCGCCGCUGGCGGUGACGCUUGGAGAGCGGGUGAAGGGAAAGGGAAGGAUGGUGAGGGUUGCUCCGCAGCAUGUGGUUGGUGGGGGGAGGGGAGGGGAGACGCCGAUGACGGAUAGUGCGGAGGCGGAGGCGGAGGAUGAUGGGAUGGGUGGAUAUGGGUUCUUCGAUGCCGGGAUGCUGCUAUAUGCGCUUAAGGGGCUGCAGGCAGAUAGAGAUCGGGAUAAGCCUCCGAAGCGGAAGCUGGUAGGGAAGGUGUUGAAGUUGAAUGAGUAUUGA